AUGACAGAGGAUGGAAAGGAAAUUAAAGGAAGUGAUUUGUGGAGCAAGAAAAAGUAUGAGAUUUACCAAGGCUUAUUAUUAGAAGCAUUGAAAGGAAAAAGAAAUUAUAGCGAGAAUGAAGAAAAGAAGGUCGUUUUUGAAAUAUACAUCGAUAAAGAAACCGCCAAAAAUAAAUUUGAAGAAGAAAUUAAGCAAAGAUUAGAAAAAACGGCUAAUGAAAAAAUAAAAAUAAUUGUUCGACUUGGUUUAGAUUCAAAAAAUUAUCCAGGGAUACAAAUGGCAGAUAUUAUUGCCAAUGGCUUACAAAGAGAUUAUAAAAGAACCGGUAAAACCAAUAAAUUCGAAAAAUAUUUUAAGAAAAAAACAAAUUUCAAAAUAGCAAUUUCCAAAACGUGA